GCGAGUUGCCAGUCGGUUUCGGCCCACGGCCGCUCGGAGUCGACUCGAGUGCGUUGGAUGUUAGGACGGUCGGCCGUCGACGGCCUGGCCUAGCCUGUUUCGGAGUCGUUGCUCUGCAGCGAGUAGUAGUUGAUUCUUGGGGUGGAAGUGGUGGAGGUGGCCAGUGGUAGCGCAGCCAGUGCUCGCGGUGGUAUUGCUGGUGCUGGUGCUAGUGACAGUGGCGGUUGCUAUUGGUGGCGGUGUAGGUGCUGGUGGGAAGAACGGCGACGGUGUAGUGCUGUGUUUUGGGAUUGGGUAUGGGGGUGAGGGUUGGACGGGUGGAUAGUAUCAGAGAGGCCGCUGGCACGUCCAGGUGUAGGGUUAUCCCGCGAGUGCACUUGAUGAUUUGGUGAUAAUGUAAGUUGCAACGAGCUGGAGCGGCGUCGUUUACAAGUACGCCCCCGCCGUAGAGAGAUCGAUAAGCGGGCUUUCGAAGCAAGCAAGCAAGGAAGCAGUCUGCCAUACAGAAUAGAAUGGUCUGGAUAGGUUCGUGGUGACGAUUAUAGAGCGUGAGACUUGGCGAAUCUAUCCAAGACUGUUACAAUUGAGGCGGAAUGCUUGGCGUUUAAUUGCGUGACACGCGCUUUACAGGUUCGUCCACUUUCACUCGAGUCGAAGAUAGAUGUGCGUGCAGAAGGAAUCCGCAUCGAAUGUACCUGCUAUCACCGACGUGUCUACAGGAAGAAAAUUCUAUAGGAGUUACCAAGUGUUCUCGUCGGACCAAAUCUUUUAACGACGCUAUGGUGACUUAGUGACAAGAUCAAACGAGUUAAGAGUGAAAUAUGGAGCGGAGCGAAGCAUCUGUUAGAUAAAACCGACAGUGUAGCUAAGAGAAAAUGAAGGAACACGGCAACAUGAACGAUCAGACGGGGGAUCAUGUCCCCGUCAAGGUACUCAAGUCCUUGCUGAAGAAGCCUGGACAGGUCAAAGCGAAGACCCAGAAGAAUCGCGUCGUGAUAAAUGAGAAGCUCAAUGAGUUCUUCGCGGCGGACUACAUCAUACUGAUAAAGGAGGAGUGUUGUGCGGAUUACGAGGAGGAGUGUGACUGUUGCUGCCAAGAGCAUGAGAUGAUCCGAUUGGGUAAUUGUAAGGAGUGUCGUGCUGAAUUGAAUCUUCAUUUCGGGGGUGCUCCUCGAUUCGAUGAUAGAGAUGGACAGUCGGACAGUGAAUCAGCGGAUGGACGCGAACAGGUGUUUCCCGGCGAGGAGUCUCAUCCAGAAGACGAUGGGCUCGAAGUUCUACAUGAGGAUAAGGUUUCCGCCACGCCUGAUCGUAUCCAUCAGCAGCAACGACAACCUCAUCAGCAACAGGAAACCCUGAGUCCACCCGAGGGCUACAAGGACGUCUGCGAGGAAAACGAACUCGCUGACGAAUCGGAGCAUCGCAUUCAUCCCUUAUGCGCUGAGUGCAAUUACUAUCAUCAACGGGGGGCAGAAUCGAACGAACAGGGGAAAAAUGAGGGAACCGGCGAGGACUUCACGAACGGUCAGGAAUCCAUGCAAAAUGGUGAGGACGACGUUGCCCAGGAAACGAGCGAUCAGGCUCAACAAACCACACCAGACUUGCAUCAGCGCUAUCUGGUGGAGACCAUCACAAUGACAACGGUAACGGAACGUCGGGUCGUGCGGGAGAUCAGUGAGGAGGACUCGAAACCAGGAAUAGACGAGAGCGACAGCAGCCUGGUAAAGUCCAUCCAGAGUCCAAAGGACGAGACAGUCGGAAAGGAGGAGACCUCGGUCGAUCUCGAUGACUCGAGUAAGUGCGGAAGUCUUGAAAACGUGAACAAGCCCAUCGGCGCGAAGUCUGUCGCGAGCGACCAAGGAGGCCGGGAGACACCGGACCCGACGGAAUUGUCGUUGUCAUUUAAACUGGGCAGAAUAUCUCUGGUGUCAAACAGUCUGAAACCCAAUUCAGCUGUCAGACAACUCUUUCCUGACCCGAGAUUCAUUUCCCCGCCUCCAGCACCGGCCAAGUCUCUACCGCAGACCACUGGGCCGGAAGACAGCGAGGAGUCGAAUAACGCAGAGGCACAAAAGUUUUUGAUAACCACCGAGAGCCUGCGACUGUUCGACGCUGUCAAAAGGUCAAAACUUACUGGCGCACAGAGCGACUCGUCCGAGAGCGAUUCCUCGAGCAUCAAGAAAACAAUAGAGCGGAACGCGCUAAGACGCAGUCUCAUAUCCAAGUUCGAGUCUAGCAGCAAGAAGAAGAACUUGCGCUCGAAGGAUCUCACCCUGGAGGAGAGGAUACGGCAGUUGACGUGCGUCGAUCAGGAUGAUCUGGAUACGGAAAGUAGUACCUCGGAGAAUGCGACUACGGCGAAUGGAAGUGACUAUAUUGAAUUUCCAAUACGCACUUCGCCCUCUGGCGAGGAGACGAAGGUCGAGACUCUUUCGCGUAAUUCCGGAUCCACGAACAACUCCCAGGAACAUGUCUCAAGCAGUGGAUCCAACAGUGGACCCGGAGGUACUCAUCAGUCGACGUACAAGAAGAUCACUGAUUUGUUUGGGCAGAAGAAAUGCGAGGCGAUUGUCGACUCGACGAAGAAUCUCCCUGACCUGGGUAUUGGGAAUAAGAUGACUCAGGUAAAGGAUUACUCUGGCAAGACACCUGUAUCGAAGAUGAACUCGGAUGCUCGUAAGCAAUUUCUUGCCAGUCUCGCUCCCUUGUCCUGCGUCGCGGCCACUGCUAUGGAUAAUCGCGAGGACUACUACCAACUGUCUUCGAAGAUGACAACCAGCGGCAACAGGGACUCGAUAGGGUACAACUCGGAUUCCUCGUACAGUCUCGAGGACAUCGACGCCGCCCUGCGGGGCGAAGAGAGGAAUUAUAAAAACGCGGCUGGCCCGCCAGAUGUCACUAGAGGAACUCCGACCGGUACAGGACCCGAUCGCGACGGUGGGGAUUCCACGAGCGACGAAUUGCUGGCCUUUGUCGAGCAGGACAAAUCCAGGACCGAGAGGAUCAAGAAACGUUACAACGACACGGAGGAACAUCGCGAGGACGACGAGGACGACGAACUCAAUGAUUAUGGAUUCAAUCGGCGACCUUCCGUACGAGGUAUAAAGCCUCAGUUCGGCUCUACCAACGAGAUCAUACGGCAGCUUCAAUCGCGGAACGCUGUCGCGCCCGGUUCCUUCGGCGACGCUAAGGCCGGUUUUCAUAAUCAACAACGAUAUUUAAAAUCGACAUUUGAAAACUUCCCCGAGCCCGCGGACGAGGAUGGCUACGUGAUGUUUGAGGAUGGCCGGGAUACAAACACUAUUGACAGGAUAAGGACGAUGCAGAAGCAGAUCGACGAGAUGUAUGAGAUUAUAGGAGAGUCCGCAGUGAGCCAGGGCACCCUGAAGCGUAGCUCGUAUCUCGAGAGCACUCUACCGCGACCGUUAGUUCGAGUUCCCAUGGCUGACGAGGGAAGUCAUCGCUAUCCCGAUCACAAGAAUGGCGUUCGCUUCCCCGAGCAACACACCCCGGCAGGUGCGAGAAUGCUACGCAUCGCCGGCGGGGGUGACGGCGCACCGGGAAACAUUUACAGCACCCUUCCGGCGAAGGCACGACGUCAUCCAGCCGUGGCUGUUUCCACCAACCACUGCGGCCUAGUUCCCACUUCCGAUGCUAAAUGCUAUCGGACAAUGUAUUUUGUUCCCUAUAACGGAAUAUCGGAUCCGACCUAUCAGAACAUCCAGCGGAUCCUGCCGCCGCAUUCCUCGCCGAAUUACGCAAACCAUAUCGAGCGCUAUCCUUAUCCACGAAACGCUCACGCGGACCAGCAUCAGCAACCGCGUUACUAUUCGAGAGCUGCGGCUGUUCUUCCAGCCCAUUCCCAAAGCCCUGCUCUGCAUUUGCAUCUCCAUCAGCCCGAAGAGUUUCGUCUAUCCGGUGCCGGUAGUUUGCAACCCUUGACUUCGCUGGGUCCCCUCGGUCCUCAUAAUCUUCAUCCCCCUCACCCCGCUCACCUGCCCCACGGGCAUCCCAUGCAAAUUCAACAACAGCAGCAACCCCCGGCACCACCUCCUCCUCCGCCGCAGCACCACCACCCUCAUACUCAUCCACAUCAGCAUCAGCAUCAACAACAAUCCAUACCGAUCUACGGGGUCGCGUCCUCCGUCCCCUAUUCCGUGACCACACCGAUGCGGGCUGCUACACCGGGUGGCGCUGGCUACUCCUAUCAAGUACAUCUGGGACGCGGCGCUGCCGAUGUACAGACGCAAACGAUUUCCGUACCUUCGGCAACUACCUCUUCAUCCUUAUCAUCGUACAACAUGGCGACCGCGUCGGUUCAGCUCUCUACCAUUUCCUCGAGUUCCUCGUCACCCUUGUCCUCGCCAACCAAGGCACAGCGUACCGUGGCCGAACGUGGAGUUCCCGAGGGUGCCGCUAGUGCACCUGCUCACGAUUUCACGAGCAACACAUCCGCCGGUCAUCCACCCAGCUCCUUCCUGGGACAUCCGAGCAGCGUGCCACCACCGAAUACCCAGAACUCUGUGUACUACGCAAUGAACGUGUAAAACUUCGAAUAUUGGACUAAUGGAUCGUCAUGAGGAACUGUCUCGUUAUGCAUGUACAUAUAACGUGUUACCAUUUCUUCAGGUAAAAAUUAAGGAAUGUCAGUCGAACGCGUCAGCUCCUCCAAUGUAUACGCUAAGUUUACCCAAAUGCUUUCUAGGGAUGCAGGAUUCAUGAAAAUACCGGCGGGAGACCUUUGGGAAUUGUUUCGACAGAAGGGUACAUCGUCCGUCUUCGUUUUCAAUAAUUCAAGCAAACGGUGAUCGUUAAUCCCCGAGGUGACGGACGCGUCCAAAGAAGCAACUGGAUCUCACGGAUCCUACGGAUUUAGACCAAAUUACUCCGUUAGAAGUUUUUGGUAUCUUUUGACGCUCGCGGGAAUCUUGUGUGUAAAAAUUCUUCGAAAUUGGGAAUGACCCUUGCUGUGCACUGUGCUGAAUCUCCACGAGUAGAUUUGCGUAUAAGGCUUUCACUGUCUGGGAUCUAUGUGCAUCUCUUGCAUGACGUGUAUAAUGUAUAUAUGUAUAAGAGAUAGCAAAAUUUUUGACGUACGGCUACGGCCAAUCAGCUCGAGCAGGAGAUUCCGCACAUACUUUUUGGAGUAGAAAUUAGCGAUUCGCGUGUCGUGUCUGUUGGCCGCGCUUCUUGAUGUAGGCCAUGGCGUCACUUUCGGAUCGAUGCAUUUUCUUGCUCCGGAGUUUAUACGGUAACUUUUUCAUCCUUACCGUCUGAAUAGGAAUAUCGUUCCUAAGUAUAUUUCCAAUCAACAUUGAAUUUCUUUGUCGGUAUGGAAUUCUAUAGGAUCAUUGAAAACGUGUCAUACGUCAUUAGGGUGUUGGGGGAGACGAUAGUUUUAUCAAUGCACGAUACUUCGUAUUCGAAAGAAUAAUAAUUGUGCCAAAUUGAGCAAAGACGUUAGAGGGACAAAGAAUGUUUUGAGAUGUAACUUUAAUAGGACGAAAUUAUCUCGUUGGAUCUGUUAAAUGCUGAAGGGAAUUGUGGAAAAGCUGAAUUUAAUUAUUACGUAGCUCACGAUCUGUUCGAAUUCUAGUUUCUCGUGAUCAAUAUAAAAGCUUCUCAGUGUUCAGUGGAAGGAUGCAGGAUCUAAAGACGGUCCGAGGCUUAAACGAAAAUCAUGCCAAAUUGCACGAUAAAGAAUUAUUAACGUUUUCGGUUAUUUCGCACGGUUAGAAUUUUCGAAUUUUUUUCUAAAAUUCAAUACCGAUCGAUGUAACGGUCAUUGAUAUCUCCUAAAGUUGCACGCAUUAUAGGUAAUCUAAUGUGUCAGCGAUAUCCGCUGUUGAUCGGCUGGUAUCAUUAAUUACAGAUCAUUUCUUUUUCUUGUUCUUCGCAGUGACACUGUCACUAUAAUUUCGUUCGAACUAGGAAGCAUACAAAAAAAGUUGUAUGAUCGCUCGUUACGCCGAUCAUGAUUGACAAAUACGUCAGUCCGAAGAUCACGAGUGCCGUUAGAGUCGCUUUUAAGUGAUGCAUGAAAGAUCUUCACCAGGCCCAAAAGAUAAACAGAGAUCGAUGAAUCAUAAUGGUACGUGUAACUUGACAGUCGCUUAAGCAGUUGAUGGGAAGAUGAAAAGGAGACUUUUAAUAUUCAAGAUAAAUCAAGAGAGCGCAAAAGAGAGAAAUUGAUUAACCAUAAUAAACCAAUGAAUUUUUAAUCCUCCGUAAAUGCUCGAUUAAUCUGACGUAGAGUACUGAAAAGUCUCUCCCGAUUGCUGAUACAUACGUAAGGACGAAGCGAACUUUGCUUGCGAAACAAUGCGAAUUUUUAUAUCGAUCACGGUUUGCGAUUAAAACACGCCGACGUUUAUAUUGCGAAACUCUGUAAGUUUCGACGAAGGAGAAUAGUUUAUCGUGUGAUCUUAGCCGAUAUCGAUCGCAGUGUAAUCAUAGCGUUAAUAACAAUAAUAAUAACACUACUAAUAAUAGAAAAACACUGAGAACCAAAGUUAUUAUAUUAUCGUUAAUUAUGAUUUAAAUAGUUUUUAUUUAUAAUAUCAAUUAAAAGCAUCAUUCCGCCCUAGAGAUAGAUCUUUUUAUUACUAAAUAAUAGUCACGGACACGUUACGUAUGUAAAUACAUAUCACGUGAUCAUAAAAAUCCUUUUUCGUACUCCACACGUAACGCACUGGAUAAUUCUUUUAUCACUUCCAUAUACACAUAUUCACGAUAUAUCUUAAGUUCGUAAAUAUCCAUGUAAUUCUGCGUUUAUGAUGCUCGUUAGAUUUAUCAUAUUAUUUGUACACGCUGUUAUUUCUUUGCGAGCGAGAAGCGUAGCGCGAAAGACCAAGUCGGGAAGUGCGGAAUUGGUAAUCGAAUGAGAACCAAAUGGGUUUUCGGUAUUCAAUAUUAAAAUUGAGAAUUGCUUCUGUUCCAAGUUCCAAUGUUACAGAAUGCACUGUGGACGUUGCAUUUGGAGUACGUUUCACGUGAGAUUGGAUUUUCACGAGAUAUUCCGUAACACUUUGGCGUAACGACUAGAUCCCCAAAUAUUUAUAUUUUUACGAAUAACAGUCAUCUACACUUAUCACGCGAUAAUGAUAAUUGGAACGACGUAUGCGGUUGGAAGAGAACAAAAAGAAAUUUUCUAGACGAAAAAGAAAAGAACGAAAGACACAGAGGGCUUUUAAACAUUGAAGACUGCAAUAAUUACAACACUGGCCUAUUAAUUAAUAUAUAGCUAGGUAUCUACCAAUCGUAGACAAAACUAUAGAUUCAAGUAUGUCUAUACGCUUACGCCAUUACAGAGACAAGAUAAUACGAUACAUACCAUUAUCCACCUAAACACACACACGGUUAGGACACAUUAAUAGGUAGGUAGAUAUAUAUAAACAUAUAUAUAAUAUAUACACAUAAAUAUAUAUACAAGUGAACACACACGAUCGUGUGUAUAUGUGCGUUAUCGUUUUCUUAUAGAAAAUCUCAUAUUCAUUAUUUAUUUGUACUUUUAUUUUAGUUACCUCUUAAGUUAGUAAAGUUCAUUCCAAAGAGUUCUCUUAACUAGGAAUUGCGUUUGACUUACCUUCGUCCAUCCCAUUUCACGAUCGACAGGACGCCUCGCGUCGAUGCGUAUCUGUCAUUGUUUCUUUUUAUGCCGGUCGAUUUACGUCGCACGUAAAAUAUAUAUUAAAUCUCGUACGAAGUGGCAGAUCGUACUAUGGUAUUCUCAGAAUAAACUUUCCUGGUUGUUCUUCUUUUUCAUUUUUCCACCUAUUAGGGUUUUCCUCUUAAGAGUGGCACAUCGUGAUAAAGUUCUACCAAGCGCGAGAGUGUCUGAACUGUCUCUUAUACAAAUUGCUCGCAGGCAACACAUUUGUACGAGGUAUUAAUCGGUGUUGGUGAUAGCUCACAGUGCGCUGUACAGAAAUGCACUUUCGUUGUAUCGCAAGGAAACGUCUAUGCAUUGUGUAGUUACUGUCAGUGAAAUAUGUAAGCGACACUAGCGCCGCCUGUACGCCGUUGCGAGUACUACGACGGCAAAGUUACGUUCUCAGAUACUAUAAUAGAUAAUCUUGAAAUCUCAUCUACCUGAGGCAGAAUUGACAUUACGAAAAUUCGUGUACUUAUUGUAGUUUUUGAAAAGUUGAUACUAUGAUUUUGAAAUCGAGGUUCGGAUAAAUUUAAUAUAACUGUACACGUGAGGUAUUAUGUAGGUCCGUUGGACACUGUGGAUACUUAAUAACUUUUAAGAUUAUUUAACUCAGGUGGAAAAAUCUGCUGGACCAUAGCUAGAAAAAGUGUAGAAGACAAAUUUGUUGUAAUAUCGAAAAAAUUUGACGUAUCUCGCGAGAUUUGUAAACACGAUUGCGAAUCGACUGAGCGAGAUCGAGUAAUCGAAUGUUCGUUAAUAUAUCACUGUCAUUGUUAUUAUUGUUAUUAUAUCGUAAUAAUAGUACAUGUGAUGCGAACAAAGUUAUCCAGGUACCAUGCACAAACUACUUUACAUAACGAAUAACGAGCCUUUUCGCAGGCUUAUAUUGUAAUAAUUAAUGAUGUAAUAUUGUAAACUAUAUUGCUAGAGAGAUUGAUAACUAACAGUAUUUGGGACCCUCCGUAGUAAUGUUAUGUAAACGUAACGAUGUAACAAGUCCAAUUUUUGAGGAAUGUUGCAUACACAUAGGGGAUGGAAGUGAUAGAAUGGAAAUUUCGAAUUUUUUCUUUAGUCUUUUUUUUCUUAUUUCAUUUUUUGACGACUGGUAUCAUCUUUACAGCGAUUCACGCAUGUUAAUACCAAGCGACCGUUUGUUCUAAUGCGUUAAAAUGAAAUUUCGGUACUCGUUGCGAAUUGGCUGCAUAUUGAAAUUAUUGUAUUCUAUUCGUCUGUACUGUUUAUAUAUACAUAUACAUAUAUAUAGACCAUUUCAGAUUGAGGUCGCCACUAUUACGAGAGUUAAAAAUCAAUAAUUUGUAUCGCUAGUAUUUUUUUCGAAAACGUUUGGCAUUCGAUUUAUCGUUGAAAAUUAUAUAGUUUAGCGCUGUUGGAACACUUUUUGUGGAUUGCGAAGAUUAAGUUGCUUGUCGAGGAAACUCGAGUUUAAUCGGUAAUAAAAGAUCAUAAAACUGAUGGAAAACGAUUGUGGAGAAAUACACGUGGGAAAAACGAGAAUUUUCUAUAAUCUGGAUAGCGGAUACGAGUAAAUAUUGCAAAAAUAGAAGAACUUGCGAGAUUGCUCGCUGCGAAAGGUAUUAACAGCGAUUAGUAAAUCUGAUACGGUUUUGACUUGCUGAUACAAAAAAAAAUUUUUGAGAAAACAAUAUAUAUAUACAUAUAUAUAUAUAAUACAUAUACACAGGGUGUGCGAAAGAGAUUGUAUGUUCGUAUAAAAAAAAAUUGCAGUAUGCACUUCCAUUGAUAUAAUUAUUUAAAGAACAAUAUAUAAUAACAAGUCGAUUAUCAUAAAUCUCAAUUAUUUCAUCGAAUGGAAAUACAAUUUUUUCGAUUAUUAUUCCAACAAUAAUUCUUCCUAUUGUUAAAUUCAAAACACACGAGAUUUGAUUACUCUUCGGAGAUACGGUCAUUUUCGAACAGCCGGUAUAUAUAGGGUACAAAAUGAAAUUGCUGUUCUAUAAGUGUGAUCAAUAGUGGAUGCAAGUCGUUGGUGUGAAUCGAGCAUUAAAAUUAAGAGAAGCAGCUCAUGGAAUAAUCGUAGUGGAAAAAAAAUUAGCAUUUUAUAAAGGACGCAGUUAGAAUCUUUCGUGAAACCCAUUAAAAAAUUAUUCGACAAGACACAUUUAAGUGUCACCCGUUAAGUGAAGUGUACUUGAUCGAGCAUAUGCUUAAAUACAUAACUUCACUUAUUUCUCUCUCUGAAGGAUACUAUUUAAUUUAUUAACGACUAGGCCAUGCUAUUGUACAACACUAUUGUCCAGUGGUCCAGUGAAGAAUUUACAGUAUUCUCUUAUUCCAUAGAUAAAUAUAGCGAGAAUGAAAAUACGAGUGUCGUAUGAGUAUUUGCUUCUUUUUGUUUUUUGGAGACGUCAUUACGUGUAAUUCAGUCGGGACACAGGCAGAAAUACGAAGCAGUACGUUGAGGAGAAUCGUGAAUGAUUAAGGUUGAUGAUUCAAGAAGAGGCCAAGGGCGAGACGCAGGAAACUUUGCGGUUUCUCAAACGAAGUAUUAAAGUAUCCAAAGUAUAUCUUAACGAGUUCCAGUAUAGCACGAGCAUGAUGAUAAGAAACAGAUGAGAUUUCGAUUAAUUUGCAUCAAAGACACGUAGUCCGUAUAAUAUAGUUACUUAGACAUUAUGUAGUAAAUAAAUUCAUAAACUUAGUACAAUAGCUAUUGAAGUAUUUUAUGAUAGAGAAUAGUAUUAACGUUACACUACGUAUAUGAAAUGUUGGUUUUAAUGUAAGUUAGAUACUUUUAUGAUCGAUGGCCAAAAGUGAGAUAAACUGUAUAUAUCCACUUGAUUGUUAAAUAAAUUAGUCGUUAGUAUGUAAAUAAAAGCUUUAUCUAUACAAGA